UGAGCUCAUCAUACCAGCAAAAGUGAUAUGAUUGCCUUUCUGUACGCCAAUAUGUAGAGUAGUGCGGUAUUUAACAACAAACGGCCGAUACGCGCGACCACUUUCCGAGCGGGCAGCCGUCCGAACGCAUUUGCCAUCCUUUGCUUUACAAUAAUAACAAGGUUUCAUUUGGCUGCGCUUGCGUGGACAGUGGACUUGCAACGACGGAUAUGUGGACAUAUUACACUUGAAGUUGUCAACGGGGCAAGAUGCGGUGAACUGACGGUGUUGUGACUUUGAACUGAGUGACCGUUAAUGGUGUUUUGUGCUGGGAAUUAUAUUCGGGACUCUGUGCUGUGAUUUUUUCAAGAUGUAUCUGUGGAAGAUUACUGCCAUUUUCAUAUUGGCUAUCGUCGUGGGAGCUGAAAAGAAAAUCGAGUUGCAAGACAUCGAGGAAGAUAAUUUGAGGAGUGAACAGAGGAGUGAAGGAGAGAAAGAUCAUGCUAAAUCUGAUUCUCCACCAACCAAAGGUUCUAAUACUGACUCAAAUUUAAAUUCCUUAGAAUUUAUGAAAUCUGGAUUUUUACGAUUAUUCGAGAAUCCUCAGGGCCACUCAAUUCCUCAACAACAGCGUUAUAUUCAUCAGUAUGCAGUUACAGAACAGCCAGAAAAACAUGCACCGGCUCCAAGUAAAUUCGCGGCACCAGGACACCAGCAAGCUAUGGUUGGAUAUUUGUCGAACAUGCCAAUGCAAAUAUACAUAGUCCCACAAUAUUACACUGACCAAACAACACAGCCGGAGACGACGCAAGUAGAUUAUCAGACAAGUUCAGUUUCUAGUACGUCCACAAAUUAUCCUACGUAUAACAGUGAAUCUUCGUAUAGUACCCAAACAACGGGGAAACCAUUUGAGCAUUAUUCUACACCUCCGUCAACAGUGACGUACGUUUAUCAGACUCAGCCAACCGCACCUCCAGCAAUAGCGACUGUAGCACCAGUAGUAGCCUACCAUGUCCCUAUGUUUCAUUUCGGUUCAGGAGUUACACCCACAACUGCACCCAAAGCUUUCUACGCUAAUCCGGAAUAUACGGAUUCAAAUACAUUAGAUGACAUUGGGGAACAAGAACCAAAGCAAUAUAGUACUCAGACUGAGAUACCGUACUUGCCUACUGUUGCGGAAUUACCGCGUCACUAUAACUCUCGUGCGCCCAUAAGGAAGCCUUUUAGGCAUCAUCACAAUACCAUACCUGACCUGCCUCGUCCUAAUCCUGUAUUACUGAGAGCUCCACCUCCACACUUAGCUCAUAUUCCGAGAACCUUGCCAGUGUUUCGACCUCUGACAAAAUCGGUGUACCAAGAGGUUGAACCAGUUACCAAUCCGUACAUUGCACGACCACUUAGCCAGGGUCUUCCACAUAGCCAGGGUCUUCCACAUAGCCAGAGUCUUCCACAUAGCCAGAGUCUUCCACAUAGCCAGAGUCUUUCACAUGGCCAGGGUCUUUCACAUGGCCAAGGUCUGACAUAUGAACAGGAGCUUUCACAUGGGUCGGGUCUUUCAUUUGGAUCGGGACUUUCACAUGGCCAAGGUCAUUCACAUAGCCAGAUUCAUUCACACGGCCCGGGUCAUUCACAUAGCCAGGGUUUUUCACAUAGCCAGGGUCUUUCACACAGUCAGGUCAUUCCUCCCCAUACACAUUACAAGAAACGUCCUGCGUCCCUACUCGACUCUUACAUACCUUCUAGUAUCCAGGCGGAGUAUCUGAAGCGAGGUCUUGCAAAAGAUCCUGCAACGUUGUAUGAUGCGUUAUCAAAUGGAAGGUUCGCUAAUCCGAUUCCACGACAUUUCGAACGAGGUUUCCUGCCGAACCAAAUGUACCCCACCGGCAAUGGCGGGGCCGCAUAUGGGCAUUAUAAACGAAAUGCAAAAGUAGAUAAAGCCCCUCACAAAUGACCCCUCGACUGAAAACUUAUACAUAAUCAUAGAUACUUAAACUUGUUUAGUUGUUAAGAAGUUAGAGAUAGUAAAAUACAUGAUGUACGUGUUGUUAGCUUUAUAUAGGGUGAUUUAAAAAUAUGAGGUUAACUCAAAUGUUACUUGUACAAAGAACGAGUGUUAAUAAAUACUGUGUAUUAAAUAUUUUAUUGUGAAAAUGCCCAGGGGGUUUGUUUAUAAAGUACUAAUUAGAAUGGUCAGUAUUUUAUUAAUGGAAAUAAAUUGUUAUUUAUAAAUAAAUCUGUUGUUAAAUA